CCGCUGUUCGCUCUGUUGAUUUCUGCUUAGCAAGUGUAUUUUUUAUAGAUUUCAUGCAAUUAUACUUGCUCUUGCUUAUCUUUCCAUUGGCGGUAGCAAGAGUGGAUCCCGAUUAUGGAUCAAAAUUUGACGCCGAUGUUCUUAUGCGGGCCUUAGGAGUGCCAAUAUGUAUCCGCAAGUGUGUUGAUCCUCUGAUGACGCAAAUAGCUAGUAUUUGGGAUUUACAUAACAUCGUUCAGAAAGCGAAACCCUUGUGCCAGGGACACUCCAUGGCUAUGCAAUGCUUACAAAGAAAUCCAUCUUGUGACGUACAUCAAAUCUUCAAGACAGCUGCCAGUGCCAUAGAGAAAAUGUGUGGAGAGCGGGCACCACUUUUCGAAAAAAUGCGGCCAUGCUUGGAAAAACACGCAGAUAGCGCUGUACGGACUUGCGACGCAAAAUGCAAAGGUCGUUCCACUGUUAGCGCAUUUCUGAACCAUCCAGUUGUUGUCAGAGCAUCGAAAAGCGGUGGAGAUCUCAUAGGAGUCGCCGGUCAAGUUGGAAGUCUGUGCAGUGUUCUCCAAUGUGAGCUUCCUUGCAUAACUAUGGAGCUGAACAAAGUCUGCCCUCUCAGUGGAUGGCUUACCUUGGACGUGCUUCUUCAACCGCUUGAUUUCGUCGCCGAUAAAGUGCUGAACACGUCGCCGGCACUCAAAGAAUUCAUUGAGAAGAAACUCGACAAACGAUGCCAUUUCAUCGUGACGAAGAGUGAACUACUCAAACUAAGAAAGGGACAGUUCAAAAAUAAAUACUAAUUUUUAUAAAAUGGAACUAAACCGUACUGAUUUACUAUGAUUACUAGACAGGCUACUUGUAAUAAGAUCUACUGUGCACUGUCAGACCCACACUGAUCACACGCUCAUGGAUCUUCUUGUAAUUAUGUGAUAAUGCUUUUCCGAUGUUCCCUCAUUGUGAAUAAUUUGGAUAAAACUAUGCCUCCAU